GUAGCAUUUUAUAUGCAUUUCAUGCAGUUGACGCAAUUGAAUUCGACUGUAUUUCACAUUUUAUCAAAUAUUUUGUAUUGAGUGUGUCUUCUCUCCGCCUUUCAGCAUGCAGUUGAGGAUGUGGCUCGCAAGUUGGAUGCUAAUGGUGCUGUACGGCACAGAAGUGGUCCAGGCGCACGGGCGACUGAUGGAUCCUCCAGCUAGGAAUGCCAUGUGGCGCUUCGGUUAUCCCAAUCCUGUCAAUUACAAUGACAACGAGCUGUUCUGUGGCGGUUAUGCUGUGCAGUGGGAACAGAACAAUGGUCGUUGCGGCCUCUGUGGCGAUGCUUACCAUCUGACCACGCCGCGACCGCACGAGGCGGGCGGUGAGUAUGCAAAAGGAAUUAUCUCCAGAUUCUACACAGUGGGGCAAGAGAUUGAUGUGGAGGUCGAGCUUACAGCCAAUCAUUAUGGGCGCUUCGAAAUGUUUCUCUGCCCCAAUAAUAACGCCAAUCUGGAAGCCACUCAAGAGUGCUUCGACCGAUACCCACUCUUUAUCUCCGGCACACGCGAGCAUCGCUACUUGAUACCACAGGAGGCGAAGAAGAAGGGCGUCUUCCGCUAUCGAGUGCGUCUACCACCGUACGUCACGUGCAACCAGUGCGUCCUGCAGUGGACGUAUUAUACUGCCAACAUGUGGGGCACCUGCGCCAAUGGAACCGAGGCCGUGGGAUGUGGAAAAGCUGAGACGUUCAGGAACUGCGCAGACAUUGCGAUCACAUCUAACACUGGGGCCCUGCCGCCUCACUUUGCCGACAACACGAAUCCAUUCUUGCUCUACUACAGGGAUCUGCGUGCUCCAGCACCCAACAACAUCUUCCCUCUUAUUGUCAGAGAUCAAGUGUGUGUGCCAUCGCCACUGUACAGAAGCGUGCCUGGUAUGGAUGAAUGGUGUCAAAUAAACUGCCUCCGAUACCCACCCAACUGCCCAGAGACCAUCUGUCACUGCCCCCAAACAUGCGAAGCCAUUGGCGAUAUCGAGGGCCAAGAAGGAGCUGAUGUGUACUGUCUGGACGAGUGCAUCAAUUAUCCCUCAAAGUGUCCAGCACAUAGAUGUCGAUGCUUCUGAUCGAAUGAGGAAAAAUCAAAUGUAUCCACUUAAAAGGGUAUAAUUGAGAAUACAAAAAUAUUUCUACAGAAUUACAGCAACGAGUAAAAUAGAAAAUUUUGCAACUGAAUGCCAUAAAACUAUUCCGAAAAUUGACGCUGAAUUGGCCAUCACAAAAUUUUGCACGAUCUUAAUGAAUGAAUUUUUGUCCAAUAUGUCUGCAGCUCUCUCUGUGCAUAAAAUAAAGAGACUUCUCUAGAUGAUAA